UCAAGAGCCGUUGGAGCGGCCGCUUCCAGCUGUGGUUUGCGCGGCCCGAAACCCGGGCGGGGCAGCGCGCGGGACGCGACCCGGGCUGGGCGGGACCUGAGCCGGGGCGGGCCGGGAUCUCGGCCGGAUCUCGACCCGGAGCAGUGGACGAGCGGCUGGAGCCGGGCGGAGUCAUGUGGCUGGAAAUUCUCCUCGCCUCCACGCUGGGCUUCCUCAUCUACUGGUUUGUCUCCCGGGACAAGGAGGAGACUUUGCCACUUGAAGAUGGUUGGUGGGGCCCAGGGACGAAGUCUACAGCCAGGGAGGAUGAGAGCAUCCACCCUUUCAAAGUGGAAACCUCAGAGGAGGAGAUCAGUGACUUACACCAGAGGAUUGAUAGGUUCCGUUUAACCCCAUCUUUGGAGGGCAGCCGAUUCCACUAUGGCUUCAACUCCAAGUACCUGAAGAAGAUCUUGUCGUACUGGCGCAAUGAAUUUGACUGGAGGAAGCAGGUGGAGAUCCUCAACAAGUACCCUCACUUCAAGACGAAGAUCGAAGGGCUAGACAUCCACUUUGUCCACGCAAAGCCCCAACAGCUGCCCUCAGGCUGCACCCCAAAGCCCUUGCUGAUGGUGCAUGGUUGGCCCGGCUCCUUCUACGAGUUUUAUAAGAUCAUCCCGCUUCUGAUGGACUCCAAGAGCCACGGCCUAAGUGAUGAACAUGUGUUUGAAGUCAUCUGCCCCUCCAUCCCUGGCUACGGCUUCUCAGAGGCAUCCAGCAAGAAGGGCCUGGAUACAGUGGCCACUGCCCGGAUCUUUUACAAGCUGAUGCUGAGGCUGGGCUUUCAGGAGUUCUACAUUCAGGGAGGAGACUGGGGGGCCCAGAUCUGCACCAACAUGGCUCAGCUGGUGCCCAGCCACGUGAAAGGCCUGCACUUGAACAUGGCAUUAAUUUUAAGAAAUACCUACACCCUGACCCUUCUCCUGGGGCAACGUAUUGGGAGGCUUCUUGGCUAUACUGAGAGAGAUAUACAGCUGAUCUACCCCUUCAAGGAAAAGGUUUUCUACAGCAUCAUGAGGGAGAGUGGCUACAUGCACAUCCAGGCCACCAAGCCGGACACUGUAGGCUGUGCUCUGAAUGACUCUCCGGUGGGAUUAGCUGCCUACAUCCUGGAGAAGUUUUCCACCUGGACCAAUCCAGAAUUCCGAGACCUGGAGGAUGGAGGCCUGGAGAGGAAGUUCUCCCUGGACGAGCUGUUAACCAACAUCAUGCUCUACUGGACAACAGGGAGCAUCAUCUCCUCCCAGCGCUACUACAAGGAGAACCUGGGCCAGGGCCUAAUGACCCAGAAGCAUGCGGGGAUGAAGGUCUUUGUGCCCACUGGCUUUGCUGCCUUCCCCUGUGAGUUACUGCACCUCCCUGAGAGAUGGGUGAGGACCAAGUACCCCAAGCUCCUCUCCUACUCCUACAUGGCUCGUGGGGGCCACUUCGCUGCCAUGGAGGAACCCGAGCUGCUGGCCCAGGACAUCCGCAAGUUUGUGACUUUGGUGGAGCAACAGUGACCUGCUGGGUGCAGUGUGUCCUCCCUAGCUAUCAGCCUGUCCUGCUUGCUCUUGGGCUUGCUGUCCUGAACCCCACCCCUAAGGCCUGGGGGCUUAGGCCCACCCCACCCUAACUCCCUUCCCAUGUGAAACCAUGUGCUUGAAUGAUAAAUGAUGUCACAUUUCAGAACCA